ACUAUUUUUGCCAUUUUCUCUGUAAAACCCCACAAAAGAAUGGGUGACCCCAACACCAAGAGCGUCUAAAACCCUACGGAAAAAAGGAGCAUCACCAAAGCCCUGGUCGUUCUUCUCCAUCUUGUUUCAUCUUUUCUCCUUUCCAGUAAUAAGCAACACAUCAAAGUGUUAGUACUGAACAGGUGUGAAGAGAGGUGACUUGAGCUCCUCAAUGGCGGCCUUAUCGAGAAGUCUCAUUUCUCAUCUGCGCAUAUUCAGUCAGUGCAGAAGCAUGAGUAGUAGCCAAGUGGAGCGGAUUAUAGAAGGGAAACCUGGAAUAAUGACACCAAACUCCAAGCGUACAGGUGCAAUAGCAAUCAAAUGUGGAAUGACAGCUCUAUGGGACAAAUGGGGUGAACGCAUUCCCAUCUCCAUCCUUUGGCUAGAUGAUAACAUUGUUUCCCAAGUCAAAACCCCCGAAAAGGAAGGCAUCACCGCCUUACAGGUUGGAUGUGCUCACAAAAAGGAAAAGCAUUUGACAAAACCAGAAGCAGGUCAUUUUAGAGCACAAGGUGUGCCCAUGAAGAGAAAGUUGAAGGAGUUUCCUGUUACCGAAGAUGCACUUCUUCCUGUUGGAACAAGCAUCAGUGUCCGCCAUUUUGUUCCGGGCCAAUAUGUGGAUGUCGCUGGAAUUACAAGAGGGAAAGGUUUUCAGGGCGGGAUGAAAAGAUGGGGGUUCAGCGGUAUGCCUGCAUCACAUGGUGCUUCAUUAUCUCACAGAAGUAUUGGUUCUACAGGUCAAAGAGAUGCUCCAGGAAAGGUAUUUAAAGGGAAAAAGAUGCCUGGACGCAUGGGUGGAGUGCAACGAACUGUUAAAAAUGUUUGGGUCUACAAGAUUGAUCCUGCCAGAAACUUGAUGUGGGUCAAAGGCCAGGUUCCAGGAGCUGAAGGUAACUUUGUGUUCAUCAAAGAUUCUGUGUACAAGAAACCAGAUAUAUCAACGCUUCCAUUUCCCACUUACUUUGCCCAAGACGAUGAAGAUGUAGCAGAUUUGGAACCAUUAAUGGUUGAUCUGGGUGAUACAGACCCUUUUAUGGCUGCUGAUUAGUUGUAGGCAACCUAGCUAUGGACUAUGUGGUCUUCUUUUUACCUUUUUUAUUAUUCUUGAAAAGAAGCAGCGAAGUGGCUUUGCUUGGGCUGGGGUUUGUUGAGAAGGAAUUUAUUUGUAGUUGUAUUUUUGCAUUUUCUCUGGCUCAUAUAAAUGGCUGAUGACAUUUUUUUGGUGGUU